AUGUCUACUGGAAUUCCCACACUGAUUCAGGAGGUGUAUCGCGGGAGCUCACUGACGGCGGAAACAGUGACUCUGGACCCUGAAGCCCCGCGGUCAAAGAAAAGUCAAAAUGAGGUGAUUGUCCGUGCCCUGGAUGGUUUUGUUUUUGUGAAGCAUAACAAGUUGGUCUAUCCCCGGUACCAAGAUUCGACUCCUGAAUGGUGGGAAGACGUACAGGCCUACGGGUACGUGUCAGCGCUUGUGGGCCAGUUUAAGUUCUUUGUCUGGGCCGGGUUUAUGGGCGAAGACUACUCGGACAAACAUCUGGUUUUCAUGUGUAUAAAAGACAUUGUGGGGAUGGUGAAGGAAUCAAGCCCUCACUGGCGAUCUGGCUUUGAGGAGAUUCUGUGGCUGGAGUCAAAGGCCGGAUACAGCUAUGCGCUGAUGGAGCCGGAUGCAAUCUAUGAUGAGGUCAGGUGGGCUGAAGUGAUUCAAAGCUGGACAAAUCUGCCGCCACCUCUAAGCCAGGAAGACCCGACGCUCCGCGAGGUGAACCAAGCCGGGCCACAGCCCGAGUGGUGGAAGGUCAGGGGCGGGAAGAGUACUUGGGAGUGGUUUACCAAACCAAUCCGGGACGCGAAGGCAGGCGCGAAACGGAAAACAAACCAAGAGCAGCAAACAUCCCGGAAGCGCAAGAAGGGAGGAAAGCGGGCCACACCUUCCCCGUCCAAGAAAAGGGCAAUCAGCCAGGAUGUCGAGUACAGCCCUGGAAAAGGUGACCAAACUGAUGAUGAUGAUGUAAUCUUUGAUCGCAGCAAGUUGCGACCGCGUAGAUAUCCCCGGGAUGACGAGGCAGAGGGAGCCAAGGUGCAGGCGCAGGGAAGGGAGAAAGGGAAGGAGGUAAGGAAGGAUGACGAGGACAGUGACGAGGAGGAAGAAGAGCAAGAAGAGGGGGAUGAGAAAGACGAGGACAAGGAGGAAGCAGAGGACACAGAGAACGAGGAAGACAAGGAAGCCGAGGAAGACGAGGAAGACGAGGAAGACGAGGAAGACGAGGAAGACGAGGAAGACAAGGAAGACGAGGAAGACAAGGAAGACAAGGAAGACAAGGAAGACAAGGAAGACAAGGAAGACGAGGAAGACAAGGAAGACAAGGAAGACAAGGAAGACGAGGAAGACAAGGAAGACAAGGAAGACAAGGAAGACAAGGAAGAAAAGGAUGUGGGACGGGAGAGAGGGGAGAAGGAAGGCCAAGUUGUGGCCAUGGAAGUUGACGAGGCGGACGCCGAGAUGGAUGCUGAAGGAGAAGACGAAGGCGAGGACGUUGCCAUGUCAAGUCCGCCUGGCAAAGCUACUUCCUCCAAGAAAAUUCCUGACCCGGAAGCAGCUUCUCCUUCGCGUAAAGCAUUGCCUGCCCCCGCGCGAUUUGCGCGUACACCUACUCCGGGGCCUGAGCUUACUCCUCCUCCUGUGCCUCUCUCUAAUCCGGCGCCUUCCCCAGUCUCUGCGCCUCCAGAAACUUUGGGGUCUAUCCUCACUCCUGCUCCCGCACUUCCCCUUGCUCCCGUGCCUUCUCUUGUUGCCGCGCCGGCUUGUACGUCUCCGCCUGCGCCAUCCCAGGAUCCGGCUUCUUCUCUGGCUCCGGCCUCCCCUCCGGCUCCAACUCCGACUCCCGCCUCAGCCCCAACCCCUCCUCCAGCCCCGGCUCCUGCUCCUUCUCCUUCUCCUGCUCCUACUCCUGCUCCUGCUCCGGCUCCUGCUCCUGCUCCGGCUCCGGCUCCGGCUGCUGCUCCUUCUCCUGCUCCUUCUCCUGCUCCUGCUCCUGCUCCGACUCCUGCUCCUGCUCCUGCUCCUGCUCCUGCUCCUGCUCCUGCUCCUGCUCCUGCUCCUGCUCCUGCUCCUGCUCCUGCUCCUGCUCCUGCUCCUGCUCCCGCUCCCGCUCCGACUCCGGCUCCGGCUCCGGCUCCCACUCCCGCUCCUGCUCCUGGACCGGCGCCUGCGCCUGCGCCGCCAUCUCCCAUUCUUCCUGCAUCUCCCGCCGGUCCCGCGCCCACUUCUCUUGAGCCUCCCUCGACCGCUGUGUCUUCAGCUUCUGUGCCCGCCAGCACACCACCCCCAACCCCUCCCCCUGCGUCUACGAACGCCUCUGUGCCUGCGACUGUCACUUCAGUUUCAGCACCUAUUCCCCCUGCCGGCUCCUCGCUUUAUGCACAGUCAGUCCCAGAUACAUGUGAGUUCGAUAUGGACAAUACGACGGGAAGGCAAUAA